AUGCUUCAUGAACUCAAGCAAAAAUUACGCGAUCUCUUUCAAAAAGCUGUCAAAUUCAAUCUACUGUCAGCAGUUCUAUUCAUUUGCAUUUGUUUAUUAUCUGAAAGAAAUCCGAUUGAUAUUUUUCGAAAGAAAACUGUUCAAAGUGGUUUAAAUGAUACAAGAUCUGACUCAUUGAUAUCAAUAUCGAUUCUACUGCCAUGUUUCUAUCUAACAGCAUACUUUUUGCCAAAAGUUUUAGCAAUUGGUGGAAUGAUCCUUGUCGGAAUCUUUUUAAAUUCUCCACUACUUGACGAAUUUUUCCUGGUCGACUCGGAGACAUCGGCCUUUUUUCAAAAGCUUGCCUACAUUUUGAUCAUUUUUCGAAGCGGUUUUUCAAUUGAAGUCAAGAAUUUAGUUAAGAUGAGGUUUUCUCUUUUCUCUAUAAUUGUUUUGCUUGUGAUUGGAGAAAUUAUGGUAAUUUGUUUGUUUUCGGUUUUCAUUCUCGAUUACAAUUGGUUGAUUGGAUUGGCUUUAGGAAGUCUCUUGAGCGGAGCCUCACCUCUUGUUGUCGAUGGAUGGACUCAACGAAUCACCGAUGAUGUAAACAAGGAGAGCUUUCCCGAUUCUCUUAAAGAUCAAUUACACGAAAUUCUUGAAACUCUUCGAUCGGUUUUGAAAGUGGGUGGAGCGUUGAGUGAAAUGGUAUCAAUAUGCACUUUUAUGACCACGCUUCGGUUUGUUUUCGCAAAAGAAGACUGUUUUCAAGCGGUUCUAAUCCCAUUGCCAUUCGAGAUUUUCUUUGGAUUCUUGGCUGGACUGUUUGGAGGCUUUAUGAUCCGUUACUGCUCCGAACAGCGUCGCUACUUUGACUACUCGAAAACUGAGGAUGAAGAUCGGAUCUCGAUCACGAUGAAGAAAAAGAGAAAUCAUAUCUACGCUCGCGUGAAAACCCAACUUUCCCUUCUGUGUACAUUUUUCCUUGUACCGCUUCUUUUUGGUUUACUUGGAUUCCAUUUAAGUUUUGAGAUGGUCAUUAGAAUGUAUGGGGAACCGAGACUUUUCUAUCUAAUCACACUCUUUGCGAUUAUUUUAUUCAUCAAAUUAAUCUUAACCCUUUUUGCGAGAAGACCAAUUGUUGGAACGCGGAAACUUCUAUUCGUUUUCUUAUUGUUGCCAAAAGCGACCCCACAGGCCAUCCUGGGAGCUGUUUUCCUUGAUCGAGCUCUCAAAGAGAAUCGAUUCGAUUUGGAAGAAAUCGGUCAUUUCUUCUUAAUCGCUUCAAUUUUGUCAAUCGUUUUAUUGUCACCAGCCGGAAUGAUUAAAACUUUUCAAUGCCCGAUUGGAAGUGAACAGAUUCCGAAUGAGAACAUUUGCCUUUACCCGAUUGUUGACACAAAAGCCUACAACGAUGCCAAUCGCAAAUGUGCCGUUUAUGGAGGAAUCCUGGCGAAAGUGCAAAAUGUUUUUGAGAACGCUUUCGUUGGUGCAAUGAUGACAGACAAUUUGAUUGGAAAUCCGACUUACAUCGGAGUGAUACGAAAUGGGAAUAAUACAUGGACGUAUGCUGAUGGAACGCCGCUUACAUUUCAGAAUUGGGCACCAAAUGAGCCAAGCACUGCCGGAAACUAUUUUCCUUGCCCGAAUGAUUGGAUUUAUCAAAAAAAGACUGGAUAUUGUUAUUACUUCCAGGACUUCACUUUCUAUGACAGAAUUCAUUGGCAACUCUACAACUGGUCGAUUUCCGAGAUAAAUUGUCAAAAAAUGAACUCACAUCUUGUUUCAAUUCACUCAGAUGAUGAGAAUAAUUUCAUUUACGAUCUAAUCUCUUCAAAUGUCGUCUACGAUUAUUACGCGGCUCCAAACAGUGAACCAUGUUACUUCCAAUAUGCUUGGAUUGGUUAUUUUGGAAAUGGAACACUUGGAACUGGGCAAUGGAGUGAUGGAUCGAAAGUCGAUUAUAAUGGAGGAGCUGCGAUUACGGAGAACUUUUACUGGGCGAUGGCCAAUGAUGAUUCGUGCGAGAGGAAGCUCUGGGACAAUGGCCCAGAUGAGCCGAUCAGUUCACGAUAUGUGUGCAAAAUGGCACCAAAUAAGAAA